AUGUCAUCUGAAUUGCCAGUCUUUCACGUUAUCAUCCCCAUUCCCAGCAUCUUCUGGUCUCCUCUCAUUUCAAGAAGUUGUCGUUGCAGAAGCGAUCUGCGUACGUGUUGGUUUCCCACAUUUAUAUCUAUAAUGGCAUUGGGCUCAAACUACCCCCAUGGUCAAAAUAACAACCAAUCAACAGGCAAUGCCAAUAAUGUGCCUGACUGGCACAUGUCCAGUCCAGGGCCUAGCUCUCCACAACGUGGGCAACUCAGCAGCGCUGUUUCUGCGAGCCCAGGGGAGACCCUGUUGAAAAUCAAUGCUAUGGUCCAAAAGCUAGAAAGAGAGAUAGGCAACAUGGAAGAUAAACACAAUGAAGUGUGUCAUAAUCUGUCAGCCCUCACGAACAGUUUAAACUCGUACUUGAUCGAGAUCAAUUCUAAGACGGACAAAUCGAAACGGGAAUAUCGAUCAAUGUCGCAAGAUAUCCACAGCAUAAAGAGUGGGAUUGAUGGCCUGUCAGGCCUGAUGCAGCGCCUCGUUGAGGUGCAGGAGGAGCAACUCGGACAGCUCAACCAUCUUGUCCAACACGCACGAGGGCCUCAAUCCACCUCUCCCGGUUUAUAUAGUGGUCCUGGGUCUCCCGGUCCUGGCCAGGCUGGCCCAAAUUCUAUGGGCCGAUAUAGUCGCAAUUGA